GAGCGUUCCUGAGGUGGAGAACGGUGGCCCGUCGGAGCAAGUUCGAGACUGAGAGACUGGCGGGCGGGCGGGCCGAAGGGCGCCGCCGAGAGCCCGGGAGUCCCGGGGAUGUAGCGGGCCACCCUGCCCAUGCCACAGCGUCCGGCUGCGGCCGGAGCCGGAGCCGGAGCCUGGGGAGGCGGCGGGGGCCCCGAGCGCAGCCAGCGCAGCCCGCGGCCCCCGCGCGGAGCCAGGCCCGCCGCCGUCCCCGCCGCCCCGGCCCCCGGCAUGCAGCUCCGGCUGCGGAGGUGACAUUUCUGGGUCCCCGCCGCCGCCGCCGCCAUCGCCACCAUGGAUGAACAGGAGGCAUUGGACUCAAUCAUGAAGGAUCUGGUGGCCCUCCAGAUGAGUCGACGUCCCCGGGUAUCUGGAUAUGAGACCAUGAAGAACAAGGACACGGGUCACCCAAAUAGGCAGAAAAAACACACCACCAGCAGCUCAGCCCUUCUGAACAUGCCCACAGUAACAACAAGCUCAUGUGCAGGGGCCAGUGAGAAAAAGAAAUUUUUGAGUGACGUCAGAAUCAAGUUUGAGCACAAUGGGGAAAGGCGAAUUAUAGCAUUCAGCCGGCCUGUGAGGUAUGAAGAUGUGGAGCACAAGGUGACUACAGUAUUUGGGCAACCUCUUGAUCUACAUUACAUGAACAAUGAGCUCUCUAUCCUGCUGAAAAACCAAGAUGAUCUUGAUAAAGCAAUUGACAUUUUGGAUAGAAGCUCAAGCAUGAAAAGCCUUAGGAUAUUGCUACUGUCCCAGGACAGAAAUCAUACCAGUUCCUCUUCCCACUCUGGAGUGUCCAAACAGGUUCGGAUCAAGGCUUCUCAAUCUGCAGGGGACAUAAAUACCAUCUAUCAACCCCCUGAGCCCAGAAGCAGGCACCUCUCUGUCAGCUCCCAGAACCCUGGUCGAAGCUCACCUCCCCCUGGCUAUGUGCCUGAGCGACAGCAGCACAUUGCCCGACAGGGAUCCUACACCAGCAUCAACAGUGAGGGAGAAUUCAUCCCAGAGACCAAUGAGCAGUGUAUGCUGGAUCCUCUGAGCAGCGCUGAGAAUUCCUUGUCAGGAAGCUGCCAAUCCUUGGACAGUCCAUCCUUUCGGAAAUCACGAAUGUCUCGAGCCCAGAGUUUCCCAGACAACAGACAGGAAUACUCAGAUCGUGAUACCCAGCUCUAUGACAAAGGGGUCAAAGGAGGAACCUAUCCCCGGCGUUAUCAUGUGUCUGUGCACCACAAAGACUACAAUGAUGGUAGAAGAACAUUUCCCCGAAUACGGCGACAUCAAGGCAACCUAUUCACCCUGGUGCCUUCCAGCCGUUCCCUGAGCACAAAUGGCGAGAACAUGGGUCUGGCUGUGCAAUACCUGGACCCUCGUGGGCGCCUGCGGAGUGCAGACAGUGAGAACACUCUCUCUGUGCAGGAGAGGAGUGUACCAACCAAGUCUCCUAGUGCCCCCAUCAAUUGGCGCCGAGGGAAGCUCUUGGGCCAGGGUGCCUUCGGCAGGGUCUAUUUGUGCUAUGAUGUGGACACAGGACGGGAACUUGCUUCCAAGCAGGUCCAGUUCGACCCAGACAGUCCUGAGACAAGCAAGGAGGUGAGUGCUCUGGAGUGUGAGAUCCAGUUGCUGAAGAACUUGCAGCAUGAACGCAUUGUGCAGUACUACGGCUGCCUGCGAGACCGUGCUGAGAAGAUUCUGACCAUCUUCAUGGAGUACAUGCCAGGGGGCUCAGUGAAAGACCAGCUGAAGGCCUAUGGAGCCCUGACGGAGAGUGUGACCCGCAAGUACACACGGCAGAUCCUGGAGGGCGUGUCCUACCUGCACAGCAACAUGAUUGUGCACCGGGACAUCAAAGGAGCCAAUAUUCUCCGAGAUUCUGCUGGCAAUGUGAAGCUUGGGGAUUUUGGAGCCAGCAAACGCCUACAGACCAUAUGCAUGUCGGGAACAGGCAUGCGCUCCGUCACUGGCACACCCUACUGGAUGAGCCCUGAGGUUAUCAGUGGUGAGGGCUACGGAAGGAAGGCAGACGUGUGGAGCCUAGGUUGCACUGUGGUGGAGAUGCUGACAGAGAAACCACCUUGGGCAGAGUAUGAAGCUAUGGCCGCCAUUUUUAAGAUUGCCACCCAGCCCACCAAUCCUCAGCUGCCCUCCCACAUCUCUGAACAUGGCAGGGACUUCCUGAGGCGCAUUUUUGUGGAGGCUCGUCAGAGACCUUCAGCUGAGGAGCUGCUCACACACCACUUUGCACAGCUUGUGUACUGAGCUCUCAAGGCCACACUGCUGCCGGCCACCUCCUCCUGUGUGGGCAAGGGGCUGCUGUGGGGCUCAGUGAAGUUGCUGCUUCUCCCAGGCAAGGCUGUGUAUGGUGGAGCUGCAGUCCAGCCAGUGUUCAUCUGUACCCCUUCUGCCAGAGCUCAGAGCCAGGAUGCAAUGGCUACUGUAGCUUCAAGGACUGGGAACCCCUCCCCAGCCUGCCAGACCCAGGAUCCCCAGUAUCCUAUGUUCAGCAUGGAGGGGACAGGGCUGGGAACAGUGUGCAAGAUGGCCGUGGGCCCUGCCCGCCCCUGGGAUGUGCCCUGACCCUGCAGUCAGCACUGAAGUCUGGAGAUGCUGGGGCACAGGACUGAUGCAAGGGUAUGAAUAGUGUUAUUUUCAUUCAGAGUGUUACUGUUUUUUCUCCCAGUGUCAAGACCACCAUGGUAUCUCUGGGCUGGAUGAGCCCUCACAAGCCUAAAGUAAAGCCCAACAUCCUCCAACCAACAGAAGGCAGGGGCCCAGGCUGCCCGCCCUCACCCUUAGAGCCCCCAGGUCACUUUGCCAGUCCUGUCCUUUACCAAAGAUGAAUGAAGCAAAUGUAUACUGCCUUAUUCAGGGAAGGAGGAGCCUGCCCUGCCUGCCCCUGUGACCUUGUCCCCCCAAGCAGGGGUCUGAGAUGUGGAACUGCCCCCUACUGAGCGGGGAGACCCAGUUUUGUCAAUGCAAUUAAUUGUCUCUGUUUUACAACUUGGAGUCACUCUUAUGCUGUAUCCAGUUUUGCAACUGGAGACUGUACCCUCAGGGCUCUGAGUGCUUGUGUGGGCCUGGGCCUUGAGCUGGAUUGGAAGGAGCUGAUGAGAUGGCCUUUGUGCUCCUUGCCUGGCAUCUGCUCCCCAAGUGCACAGAGGUGGACAAUAUUGCAAGGGCAUAUGGCACAGCUAGGUGCCUAGAGUUCCACUGGGCCCAUCAGGAGGGAUUAUCUCUGGCAGUCUGAGUUGUGAUCUUGCCUGGCCAGAGCCCACUCCACCUGGUAGAAGAGAAAGCCCCUGUGCUGCCACCAACUGUCCUAUACCACCAGCUCUGUGUUUCCUUAGCUCUGCCCCUUCCAGUGAGUUCUCGGCCCCUUUCCUACCUGGAGGAAGAAUGGCAACAGGGGUCAGGGAAACAGUAUCUCCAAGCAGCUUAGAGUCGGCCGAAUUUACCUCAGCCUGGGCGCUGGUCCUUUCUUCCGGCCCCUCCCUUCCAAAAUGUGCCUAUUGCUAGAGCUCCUCCCUCCCAACUUCCAGUUUCCUUGGGAGUUGUCAUUAAAGGAAAAAAAAGUCAAUGCCCAGGAAUGGGCGUCUCCAGGGAGCUGGAGACUAGCACCAGGCAGCUCAUUGCCAGCCAUGCCCACUUCCCUGUGGGCUAGAACAAGCCAAAGCCUUCGUUGUAUGUUGACGAUGCACUUUUAUGAAUGUAGUUUCUAUCGCUGUUUUUUAGCCUUUUCACAUCAUGUAAUGUGAGGCCUUGUACUUGUUAAUUUAUAUCUCAGAUCAUAUUUGAUGGUUUUUAUAUAUAUCAAUUCUAGACUGUUACAGGUGAUGGACGCCUCAAGAGAGAAGAGAAAAACGGAAGUAGCUAGUUUUACAAGAAAUGUGUGUUGCACAGUGCCAAUUGGGGCUGGGCCCUUGUACCAUCCCCACUCCCCCAAGGGCCUCUAUCAGAUCACCCGCUGAGGCUGGUGAGCCUGAGAGUUCACCAAGCAUCUGCUCCUGCCUGCAUCUCAGCCCUUGCUCAGGGUGGUGACUGGUCCUUCAUCUCGACCAAAGCUGCCAGUGGUAGCUCGGCCUCUCCACAACCAUCCUGAUGGCUGUAGCACUCCUCAGCCCAUUCCCCAAGAGGAAAUAGAGUGUGGUGCCACUGACAAGAUGAGACGACACUGCGCUUUGUGUGUCCCAGCUUCAGGCUCUCACGGAGCCCCGCCCCCAGGGUCUUACCUCAUAGGGAAAUGUGUUUUAAAACCAAAUUUUCAAAAAAGCCAACAAAUCCUGCACUCCAGAAAACAAAAGCACCCUGAUUUUUUUGUGUGUGCCAAAAACUGUGGACAUGAUGGCUCAGCAUCCUCAGGACCAAGCUGUUGCCUAAUUUUAAUUUAUUGUUUCUUAUUAACUCAUCAAGAUAAAAAGUUGUGGGGCUCUACAAGGUCCUGGACUCAAAGCAGUUUCCUAACAGCUCUAGGGCUUGAUGUGGGGAAGAGGCCAUUCUGCUAGUUUCUUAUCAUUCCAUGGGGUGCAUCUGCCCAGGUCAACACCACACAAAAGGCCCAGGGCUGGAUCAGUGUGCAUCCUGCCACCCUUUUACCCCUCCAGCCCACCCAGCUCUGUGUCUGAAUUGUGGACCAUGCAGAAGAACCUGCAGCCAUAGUUAUCUGACUAUACUUUGACCGAGUGCUUGCAGUGCAAAGCCAGGCCAGUGUCACACAUUACUUACAAUAAAAGGGAUCAUUUAUACCAGA